UGAAGCGUUUUCGUCUGCUGGAGUUUGUGUUGUGCUUCUGAAACCAAACCCACAUCAAAGCUGACAUCAUUUCAUGAGCUCAUGAAGGUGCGCUACAGCAGCAAAAGACAAACACAAACAACUUGAGUCUUAAGGUUUUACUUUUCAGUCAAAGCAAAAGAGAUUUUCUUCCAUCUUCAUCUUUCAUGAUGGAGGGCUUUGCUGAUCUUCUCACUGAUGCAUUUUCAGAGGGUUCAGUUCCCUCGUUUUCCACGGGAGACUUGGACUUUGAGAGCUUCUGUUUUGAUGAGAGGAGCGAGGAGGAACAGAACAAAAACCCAAAGACAGAGAAUGACGAGGCUCGGCUUCAGGAAGCAUCUGCAGAAGGUGCAGCUUUGUUGGAGGGCCCCCUUGCAGACGCACUGAACUCAGAUGAGAACGCUUACAAAGAGCAGACUGAUGAGGAAAAUGAUGAAGAGGGGCUUAACCGGGUCCGUUUUAGCAAUGAAACCCCAGAGGACGAUGAAUGCCCAAGCUCUGACGGAGAAGAAGAACGGAGCUAUUUCUGCUCUGGAAGAGAUGGAGAGGAGGAGGCUGAAUGCCAAGAGGAAGAUGAAGAUACACUGAAGUCAAUUUAUAAAACAGUGGAUGGGAUCCUGGAGGAUGAAGACUCUGAGAUCCUGGAAGAUGUUGAUGAGCUUCAAGUCAGCAACAACCUGCAAGAAGAGGCGCACAGUGAUGAAGAGGAGAACGGAUGUAGAAAUGAGAACAUUGCAGAAAGUCCUGAGAGUGAGGAGGAACAAGAAGUCGACCUGGACUCCUCUGAAUCUGACUACGAAGGUGUGAAAACUGAAGAGGAAGAGAAAGAAAAACCCGGCACUGCCGAUCCGGCAGAUUCUGGUUUGGAGUUCUCCUGCAUAUCUCUCCAGAAUCUGCAGGAUCUCAUCUCUGAAGUGGAUGGUGAGGUUUACGAAGAGAAAAUGUCAGACUUCACUGGCGAGGAGCACCAGGAGGCAGGCGAGAGCUUUGCAGAUUACCCCUCAGACUUUUCCUCUGGUGAAUACGGCAGAAAUGCUGCCACUGCACGGAGCGCCUCGCCUCGUCCGAGGGAGGAAGAAGGCCUGCAAAGAGCCGUGACUGAAAGCCACGGGUCUGAGGAGGAGGGUUCUGGGAAGGAGGAAGAGUUCCUGUUCAGCAGAGAUAUAGAAUUAAAUGUUGAGAAGAUGAUGAUGAGCCUGGAUGAAGCAGCUGGAGAUGAAGUUGAAGCGAAAACAGAGCAUUUGUUGAGAGGGACCAGCUUUGACGAUGAAGAGAAGACAAGUGAGAGCGACUCCUACAGCUCCAGUGAUGAGGAAGAGCCACUGAGAAGAUCCAGUGAUGUAUUUUCAGAUAAGUCCAGAACCCGAUUCCUUGAAGACGACACAAACCUGGAGAACAUUAGAUCUCUUGGUGCCAGCGGCUCUGAUGACAGCAGCUUUGGGCGUGACAGAUACGAUCCUGCUGAGUUCCUCAGCUCAGGGUUAGGUGAGUUAGAAACCAAAACCUUUCUGUAUGAAUUCUUCCUGAGUGGAGAGGACACAGAUGGGACAGAAUCACCAAAUUCAGGGGGAAAUCAGUGUCCGGAUCAAGAUGUCAACAGCUACUCUGUGGUGCAGAAGAAAGACUCGAUACCAGCAAGUCCGUUCGUCCAAGGAUCCAUCGACGACAGCUUCUUCUUCAAUACCGAACCCAAGGACUUCACUGAUGAUGGACAGCAGGAGGUGGAGGAAGAGGAAGAGGAAGAGGAAGAGGAGGAGGAGGACGAGUACGAAGAAAGGAGAAACUUUGAGCAGAUGAAGCAGAGAAUUGAAGCUUUCAAAAGAUUUUACGACAACAGCGAUACGAGAACGGGCGAGAAGAGAGGCAGAAAAAAGUUCAGUUUUGUGCAGACCCCUUAUCUCAAGUGAAUUAUUACGAAACGGACAGCAGCGACAGAGACUCAGUCAGCAGCUCCUCAGACAGGGAGGAAGACCUGAGCUCUGCAGAACAAUCUGAUGACAGAGAGGAAGAUCUGAAUCCUGCAGAACAAUCUGAAGACAAAG